GAGGUAGACUUCGAAAGAGGCUUGUGGUCAGCCGCCUUGAUGGGCGAUGAUACUCGUGUGGCAUUUUUGAUCAAGCGAUAUCCCCAGCGAAUUAAUGACACCGACAAAUACGGCUACACUGCUUUGCACUACGCAGCCCGUAAUAACCGCCUGAGGACAUGUCAAAUUUUGCUACAAUCCGGAGCGGAUCUUUUUGCCCGCACGCGGUCCGACGGGGCCACAGCGGCCCACCGAGCAGCCUUUUGUGGUUGCCUCGGUGUACUUGAAGAACUGCUAAAACAUGGUGGUGAGAAGUUGGCCACGUUUACAGACAACGAGGGACGUUCUUGCCUACAUUCGUCAGCCCUCAGACAACCAGUGUUCUUUACACCUCACAUCAUCCGGGAAAUAACAAACGUUUUUAUGUCCAAAGAAAUUCGCCGCAGGGUGAUGCACAUUGAUCAAACGAAUAUUCAACAAAGCACAUCGGGCUCAUCCAAUUAG